AUGUUUACACGCCGCAAUAAAAAUCAAGAGACCGUCAAUCGAUUCUGGCUUUGCUUUUCUCCAUCUACGGGAAAAAUAUAUUGUUAUCCAUGUAAAUUAAUGUCCACUCAAAACACCAAACUCAGUAGAGAAGGCUUCAAUGACUGGAAGCACGCAUCCGAUCGUCUAUAUGAUCAUGCGAUUUCGAAGACUCAUUUGGAAUCAGUAAUGAGUUUAGUGCAACAGGGAAAAGUCACAGGACGCAUCGAUCAAGAGCUAGCGAUGCAAGAACUACAAUAA